CUCUCUCCCCCCUUUAUUCUAGCACCAGAAGCAAAGCAACACAGAGGCAUCAUCGUCAUCAUCAGCAAAAACCAUAGAGUCAAAGCCCCAAAAGCCUCAGACCCAUUUCUCUCUCUUGAAAAAACCCAUCUUUCUCUAUCUAGGGUUUGUGUACGUGUAUGGGUUUUGCUUCAAUCUCAAAUCUAUUAUCAAUCAGGUAUGAACAUUUCUCCGCUAAUCUGAGAUUGUUUCCUGUUUUGUCACGAGGUUCAUGCCUUUAUUUCAAAAUUGCCAUAAAAACCCUAGUUUCAGUUCGUGCUCCAGGAGACUUUGGGUUUGGAAUCGGAAAAUCAGCGCCCCUUCAAAACCCUAGUUUCGAUUCGUGCUUUAAUUUACGGUGCUUUUCUUGUUAGAUUCGGGCGAUUUGAUGCGCGGGUGUGGGUUUUUAGUGGUGUGGAAUCUGGGUUUGAUUCAGUGGAAUUUGGAAUUCGGUUCGAUUCAGCUUAUGUGUUGGGUUGAUCUUCGGUUUUGGGUUUGGGGUUUUUUUUCUGGUUGUUUGGGUUCUUUCUUCUCGGGUGUUGAAGUGAUUUGAGCUGGUUGGGUGGGUAAAAAGUUGGAAAAUUGAGUAUUUGUCAAUGGGUUUUGAUUUUAAGGCUAAUAGAUCAUAUCGAUUUGUUGCAUAAAUGCCACUGGAUUGAGUUGCUAGUUAUAAGCUCAUUUUGUAUGUUUGAAAAGUCAAAUUCAGUAACUGCAGAAGGUCGGAAUGUUUUUCUUUUGGGUUUGAAAUUUUUUCUUCAAUGUUUAUAUAUUCAAAGUUUUAAAUUUUGGCAACCCUGUUAGGAUUUCAAAAUACGCUUCUAAAAUCUUAAAUAUUUUCUUUGAUCAGAAUUUAGAAUCUUAAAUAUUAGCGACCCCAAAAUGAUGGGAUAGGUUUCUUUUGAGUGCAUUAAACUUUAGUAUCUAUAUUUUAAAUUUUAACUGUUUGCAACUCCAGACUAUUGAGUUGUCCUUUAUUUUUUCUGGUACAGAAUUUUGAUUAAGCAAGUAUGGGAUCUCAAAAUUAUCGGUAAUGCUCACAUAAAGAAUUCAAGUAGACCAUUAAAGAAUUCCAAAUUACUGGGUCAUACUCUGUUAAGUGUGUGUAUAUGCAAAGAACGUUUAAUUGUAAAUAUAUUAGUGUUCAAAGUUUUAUCAAAUCACAGCUGUAUUAAUGCUUAAAAUUUGAACAUUAGAAAUUCCAAACUAUCGGAUUAUGCAUCGUAUUGGGGUUCAAAAAAUUCCACAAUGCAAUGAAAUAAUAAGCUAGCAACAAAAAGCGGUUUAUUUUAAAUCAUCCUAUUGGGAUAUUCUGUUUAUCUUGGCUUGAUACUCUGCUGUUUCUCUAUGUUUAGUUCUUCUCUUAUACCUUUAGUUCCCUUUCUGACAGGUUGCAGUAUGCAUAAUAGAUAACAUAUUUAAGGUUCCUGGGAUUUGUAUCUCAUUUGAAUGAGCUAAGAACACGGUGCUGAAGGCAAAUAAAGUAACCCACUCAUUCUAUAUAGUAGUUGGGAGACCAUAUUUGACUUACAGAUCCUAUGCCUGAUGCCAUCCCAUUGAAUCCUGUUGUAUUGUAUCUGGCUAAUGAGUUUGAUUUAUUAGGUUUGGUUGACUUUACAAUUUACAUUGUGGUGAGUCGGCUUCAGUUAUUGAUGGUUAGAUAUAUCCUAGUUAGCAAUCUUUUAUGCAGUUUAGCUUCUAUAGCUUCCUGUAGUGGUUUGAUGCUGGAGGCAGUAUGCCGGUGAUAGUUGGGAGAAAUGCAAAGGUAUCAUGCACCCAACUGCAAUAGUGCAGUCAAUAGCAAUGCAAUUGGUGGGCCAUCAGCUAGGGAUAGUGCUCGAGCUGAUUCGUCUUCAUUGUCAGCUAACUUCUCCCUGAAUUCAAGGCGACAAUCUCAGCUAACACCAUACAAGUUGAAGUGUGAUAAAGAAUCUCUGAAUUCCAGACUUGGGCCACCUGAUUUUCACCCCCAAACUUCAACUUGCCCAGAGGAGACUCUCACCCAGGAAUAUGUUCAGCAUGGAUACAGGGAGACUGUUGUGGGACUCGAGGAUGCCAGAGAGAUCUCACUCACUCAGAUUCAAGCUUUCAGUAAGCCUACAGUUCUAAAAUGCAAAGAGGCAAUCAGAAAGCGGCUUAGGGCCAUCAAUGAAUCUCGGGCUCAAAAGCGCAAGGCAGGUCAAGUUUAUGGAGUGCCUCUUUCAGGCUCACUCUUGACUAAGCCUUGUGUUUUUCCUGAGCAAAGGCCUUGUGGUGAAGACUUCCGAAAGAAAUGGAUUGAGGGUUUAUCCCAACAUCACAAACGAUUGCGUUCUUUGGCCGAUCAUGUUCCUCAUGGUUUCAGGAAGAAAAACCUUUUUGAAGUUCUUAUCAGGAAUAAUGUUCCAUUACUGAGAGCAACUUGGUUUAUUAAAGUAACUUAUCUUAACCAGGUUCGCCCUGCCUCUGCCAGUAUUUCUUCUGGCUCACCUGACAAGAUUCAGUUGUCUCGCACUGAGCUCUGGACAAAAGAUGUUAUUGAUUACUUGCAGGGCCUCCUGGAGGAAUUUUUCUCAAGAAAUAAUUCUCAUUCCACUCAACACAGCAGGGAUAAAUCACAACAAAUCCUUUAUGCUGGGUCAAUACAGCACAAGAGUGACCCUGUAUCAGGUCUUGAUAGUGAGGAGCCUUCCCUACAUUUUAAGUGGUGGUAUGUGGUGCGGAUCUUGCAAUGGCACCAUGCUGAAGGCCUGAUUCUUCCUUCGCUCAUCAUUGAUUGGGCUCUUCGUCAACUACAGGACAAAGAAUUGCUUGAGAUCUUGCAGCUGCUAUUGCCUAUCAUAUAUGGUGUUAUAGAAACUGUUGUUCUAUCUCAGACGUAUGUACGCACUCUUGUGGGAGUAGCUGUUCGUUUUAUCAGGGAACCUUCUCCAGGUGGUUCUGAUCUGGUUGAUAAUUCGAGGAGGGCAUACACUUCCUCUGCUCUGGUUGAGAUGCUUCGAUUUUUGAUACUGGCUGUGCCUGAUACAUUUGUCGCUUUGGAUUGCUUUCCUUUGCCCCCCUGUGUCGUAUCUCAUGUUGCAAAUGAUGGGAGUUUCUUAACGAAGGUAUCUGAGGAUACAAUAAAGAUAAAAAAUCGUCCUGCAGAGGUUCCUACUGUGCUUAGAGAUAAAGUUCUUGAUGGUCAGUACCCAUCCUUGUCUUUUGAUCACAUUGUUUCAUCCAUUCAAAAACGUGCUGAUAAUCUUGCUAAAGCUGCAAGUCCAGGGUAUCCAUGUCAUAGUGAGGCAAAAGCUGUCCAGGCCUUGGAUAAGGCUCUUGUAGAUGGAGAUGUGAGAGGCGCAUAUAAAUUUCUCUUUGAUGAUCAUUGUGAUGGUGCUGUUAAUGAAGGCUGGAUUGCAGAAGUCAGCCCAUGCCUAAGAUCUUCAUUGAAGUGGAUUGGAACUGUGAGCUCAUCACUUGUUUGCUCUGUAUUUUUCCUCUGUGAGUGGGCAACAUGUGAUUUCAGGGAUUUUAGGACUGCUCCACCCCAUGAUACGAAGUUCACUGGGAGGAAAGAUUUCUCUCAAGUUUAUAUUGCAAUUCGGCUUUUGAAGCUAAAGUUGAGAGAUAUACAAAAUCCAGGCUGUUGCAAGAAUAACAGCACAGCUGGAAUCAAUACCCUUGCAAAAGGUUCCAGUCAGCCAAAUAAUAAUUCUGGCAGAAUUUCGGUGGUAAAUGCAUAUGAAAACAAAAAUAACUUGAAAAAUAUGGAUAGGGCAAGCAUAGAUUCAUUGGAUAUUUUCCAAAGCCCUGGUCCUUUACAUGAUAUUAUAGUUUGUUGGAUUGAUCAACAUGAAGCACAUAAAGGAGAAGGUUUUAAACGCCUUCAACUGCUCAUUAUGGAACUUGCACGGUCUGGCAUUUUUUACCCUCAGGCGUAUGUAAGGCAGCUUAUAGUUAGUGGAAUUAUGGAUAGGAAUGGACCUAUUGUUGAUCUGGACAGGCGGAAGAGACACUAUCGAAUCUUGAAGCAGCUGCCUGGGUCUUAUAUGCGUGAUGCUCUGGAGGGAGCACAAGUUACUGAAGUGGGAUUACUUUCUGACGCCAUUCUUAUUUACUCAAAUGAACGUCGCCUUGUGCUUCAGGGGCUUCUUUGGGAUCAAUAUAAAAGUAAGAACAUUGCAAGUAUUUCAUCUCGUAGACCAAAGCACCUGCCAGUCUCUGCUAGAGAUGGUGCUUCCCCUGCUUCUGUUGAUCAAUGGAGGACUCUUCAGUCUGCAUCUAGUAUGUUAUCUGGUAAAACUGCCAAAAGCAAUGCUGACAUUGAAGAAUUGAAGGCUGCUAUUUCGGGAUUGUUGCAGCUUCCAAAUUCUUCUACAACAUCUGCAGAUACUGGACUUGAUGAAUCUCAAGGGAGUGUUAAGAAGUCUGUUGGGUCAAAUUGUAACAAAAUGGAUCUAGUAGAAGGAACACCUGGAUGUGAAGAAUGUAGAAGGGCAAAGAGACAAAAAUUAAGUGAAGAUCGGAGUUCAUAUCAAGGACAUUCACCAAAUCCAUCAGAUGACGAGGAUACAUGGUGGGUGAGGAAGGGGCCUAAAUCCUCAGAGUCCUUCAAAAUUGAUCCACCUCUUAAAGCAGCCAAGCAGACCUCAAGGGGCAGACAAAAGAUUGUCCGGAAAACUCAGAGCCUUGCUCAAUUAGCAGCUGCUAGGAUUGAGGGUAGCCAGGGAGCAUCUACAAGCCACAUAUGUGAUAACAGGAUAAGCUGCCCUCACCACAGAACUGGUAUGGAAGGAGAAGCUCCUAAGUCAAUAGAUGAGGUGAAAGCAACUCAUUGCAGUGAUAUUGUUUCAAUUGGAAAAGCUUUAAAGCAGUUGCGUUUUAUGGAGAAACGGACCAUCACAAUGUGGUUGGCAACUGUAGUUAGGCAGUUUGUUGAAGAGAAUGAAAAGACUGUUGCCAAGGGUGGCCAAUUUAGUCGGCCUUUCUCUGUUGAUGACAGGAGCUCUCUGCGAUGGAAAUUUGGUGAAGAAGAAUUGUCUUCUACACUCUAUUUGAUGGAUGUUUGUAAUGAUUUAGUUUCAGCAGCCAAAUUUCUUCUUUGGUUGUUGCCCAAGGUUCUUAGUAACCCCAGUUCUACAAUUCAUGGAGGGAGGAACAUUAUGAUGCUGCCUAGGAAUGUGGAAAGCCAUGCAUGUGAAGUUGGGGAGGCAUAUCUGCUGUCUUCUAUCCGAAGGUAUGAGAAUAUACUUGUUGCAACAGAUCUCAUUCCUGAAACCUUAUCUGCAACAGUGCUCCGUGCUGCUGCAGUUAUGGCCUCAAAUGGAAGGGUUUCAGGUUCAUUAGCGUUGGUUUAUGCUCGAUACCUGUUGAAGAAAUAUGGUAAUGUGUGUAGCGUCAUUGAAUGGGAGAGGCAUUUCAAGUUAACAGGUGAUAAGAGACUUAUUUCUGAACUUGAAUCUGGCCGGUCGCUGGAAGGGGAGUUUGGGUUUCCACUUGGAGUUCCAGCCGGCGUUGAGGAUCUUGAUGAAUUUUUCCAUCAAAAAAUAAGUCACACUCGGGUAUCCAGAGUGGGUUUGAGCAUGAAAGAUAUAGUGCAAAGAAAUGUUGAUGAUGCUCUUCACUAUCUCUUUGGCAAAGAGAGAAAACUUUUUGCACCUGCUACACCCAAAGCUCCUGCCAUCGAAAAAUGGGAUGAUGGAUAUCAAAUUGCUCAACAAAUAGUUAUUCAACUAAUGGAGUGCAUUAGGCAAACUGGUGGUGCUGCUCAAGAAGGGGACCCCUCUUUGGUGUCUUCUGCUGUUUCUGCAAUUGUCUGUAAUGUGGGGCCAUCCAUGGCAAAAUUACCUGAUUUCUCAGCGGGUAAUAAUUAUUUGAAUUUUCCUUCCACAACAAGUUCAUUGAAUUUUGCUCGGCGCAUUUUACGCAUUCAUAUUACUUGCCUAUGCUUACUUAAGGAAGCUCUUGGAGAGAGACAAAGCCGUGUAUUUGAGAUAGCACUUGCAGCAGAAGCUUCGUCUGCUCUUGCUACAGCUUUUGCUCCUGUAAAGGCUCCUCGUAGUCAGUUUCAGUUGUCUCCUGAAGCUCAUGAUUCCAAUGCAUCCAUGUCAAAUGAAAUUCUGAAUAACUCUGCCAAACUCGGGAGAGCUACCAAAAUUUUAGCUGCUGUGUCAGCACUUGUUAUUGGGGCAGUUAUUCAUGGAGUCAUUAGCUUGGAGAGGAUGGUAACUGUCUUCAGGUUAAAGGAGGGCUUGGAUGUUAUUCAAUUUAUACGGAAUACACGAUCCAAUUCGAAUGGGAAUCCCAGGUCACUUGGGGCUUUUAAGGUGGAUAAUUCAGUUGAAGUUUGUGUGCAUUGGUUUAGGCUGCUGAUUGGGAACUGCAAAACUGUUUGUGAUGGAUUAGUUGUGGAUCUCAUGGGUGAACCAUCUAUAGUAGCUCUAUCAAGGAUGCAACGAACACUCCCUCUUAAUUUAGUCUUUCCGCCUGCAUAUUCAAUAUUUUCAUUUGUUGUAUGGAGGCCAUUUAUUCUUAAUGCUAACAUCACAAACCGUGAGGACAUCCACCAAUUGUAUCAAUCUUUAACAUUGGCCAUAAGCGAUGCCAUAAAGCAUCUGCCUUUUCGGGAUGUGUGUAUGAGAGACACUCACGGUUUCUAUGAUCUUGUAGCUGCAGAUGCCAGUGAUUCUGAGUUUGCUGCCAUGUUAGAGUUGAAUGGUCCAGAUCUGCAUUUGAGAGCUAUGGCCUUUGUUCCUCUACGUGCAAGGCUUUUCCUGAAUGCCAUCAUUGAUUGCAAAAUGCCAAACACUUCAUUGACACAGGAUGAUGUAAGUUGGGUUUCUGGACAUGCUGAGUCGAAAGUUCCAUAUGCAGAAAAUGAGACCAAGCUUCUGGAUAAGCUAGUGCAUAUUUUGGAUACCCUGCAACCUGCAAAAUUUCAUUGGCAAUGGGUUGAGCUCAGGCUUCUGCUAAAUGAACAAGCCCUUGUUGAAAAAGUCGACAACCAUGAUGUGACCUUAGCAGAGGCUAUUCACUCUAUGUCACCCAACCCUGAAAAAGCUGUGGCUUCUGAGAAUGAGAACAACUUCAUUCUGAUCAUUCUGACAAGGUUACUUGUACGGCCUUAUGCCGCAGCCCUUUUCUCAGAGGUGGUGCACUUGUUUGGGAGGUCCCUGGAAGAUUCAACGUUGUUGCAAGCUAAAUGGUUUUUGGUAGGUCAAGAUGUUCUAUUUGGAAGGAAAUCUAUUAGACAACGGCUUAUUAAUAUUGCUGAGAGUAAAGGUCUCUCCACUAAGGUCCAGUUUUGGAAGCCAUGGGGCUGGUCUUAUUCUAGUUUGGAUCCAGUUGCCACCAAGGGAGAUAAGAAGAAAUUCGAAGUCACUUCCCUUGAAGAAGGGGAGGUUGUAGAAGAAGGUACAGACUCCAAAAGAUAUGGAAAAGGGUCUACCCAAAUGUCUGAUUUUGAAGGUUUCAAUGUCAGCCAGCAGCAUGCAACUGAGAGAGCUCUUGUUGAAUUGGUUCUUCCUUGCAUAGAUCAAAGCUCUGAUGAUUCACGCAAUGCCUUUGCAAGUGAUUUGAUCAAGCAGAUGCAUACUAUUGAACAACAAAUAAAUACAGUUACUCGUGGGACAACUAAGCAGGCAGGAACUGUUCUUUCUGGAGUUGAAGGUCCUGCAAACAAAGGCAAUAACAGGAAAGGUAUGAGAGGUGGUAGUCCUGGUUUAGCUAGGCGACCAACUGGAGUAGCUGAUUCUGCACCACCCUCCCCUGCAGCAUUGCGAGCUUCCAUGGCACUGCGGUUGCAGUUCCUCCUGAGAUUGCUUCCUAUCAUUUGUGCAGAAGGGGAGCAAUCACGGAACAUGAGGCAAAGUCUUGCCUCAGUAAUACUUCGUCUCCUUGGAAGUCGAGUUGUGCAUGAGGAUGCAGACCUCUCCCUUUAUUCCACGCAGAGUCCUCCCUCAAAGAGGGAGGCAGAGUCACUGAUGGAGGCUUCUACUGCUGCUUCUCUUGAUUUAUCUGGUGAAAGUCUCUUUGAUCGGCUGUUGUUGGUUCUCCAUGGUUUGUUGAGCAGUUGUCGGCCGAGUUGGCUGAAGUCAAAGUCUGCCUCAAAGUCAACCACUGAAUCUAUCAAGGAAUUUUCUGGAUUUGAUCGUGAGGCAGCAGAGAAUUUACAGAAUGACUUGGAUUGCAUGCAAUUGCCUGACACGAUCCGCUGGCGUAUCCAAGCUGCAAUGCCAAUUCUUGUCCCUUCUGGCCGGUGUUCCAUCUCUUGCCAGCCACCAUCUGUCUCCUCUGCGGCUGUUGCUUCACUUCAACCGAGCCUCUCAUUUCCUGCAUUCCACCCUGGAAAUACAAACCAGUCUCAAAGGAAUUCCAGUUCUUUGGUGCGACCUGGGAAACUAAAGAAUAUGCCGUUGCAGCAGGACCAUGAUAUAGAAAUUGAUCCAUGGACGCUAUUGGAAGACGGGGCAGGGGCCGGACCAUCUUCAGGUAACACUGCUGUGAUUGGCAGUGGUGACCACGCUAAUCUUAGGGCAUCUAGCUGGCUUAGAGGGACUGUGAGAGUGCGGCGAACGGACCUCACAUACAUUGGUGCCGUGGAUGAUGACAGCUGAUCUUAUGGUUAACUUCCAUUCUUGAUUUGGUCCACAAUGAGCAAAUCCGUCAUCAGGUGGUUAUAAUCUUGUGCUUGCCCUUCUUGCCCUACGACCGUGAAGGGAGCUGUGAGGGACAUUCUCUCUCGGCGAAGGAGGGGGCUCUAUAGGAGGAGAGAAAUGUGAAGAUGUUCUCCAGCAGUCCGCUUCCGACCUGGCCUGGCCUGCUCGACUACUGACCGCCCUUUUGAUCACCUCCCACUUUCUGGGCUCUGCGCUUCCAGGUACGGUUCGGAGGCUUGUUGUAUAUAGAGGGAUAAUUGUUUCAUUUUACCAAUUGAGAUUAGUAAAAUAUCUCAAGAAUGAUCUGUAGCUCUCUUAUGCUCAUCAAUCUUGUCAUCUCUUCCUCUGUAGUUUUUUUUUUUUUUUGAUAUUGCGCAGGAUCAUUUUAUAAUUUUUAUUACAUGUAGACUUGAAGAUGAGGCCUUCUACUUAAUCUCCCAACACUCACAAUGCAAGAGCCUCCCUCUGCCAUACUAGCGUAUGGGUUGGGGCAAGUUAGGGUCUCUUUAGCAGUGCUUUUAGAAAGCACUUCUAGUAUAAGAAACGCUUUUGAGAAAGUACUUUGCCUGGAAACAUUUGUAGAGAAAACGGUUUCACUAAAAGCAAUUUGAAUGAAGAUACUGUGGACACACUCUUAAU